AUGACGUCCCAGCAGCCUCCCCGGAUCCUGGUCAACAACCUCUCCUACACGUUCCCGGACUUCUCAACCGGCGUACGCAACAUCACCCUCGAUCUGCCUCCGCGUUCACGCACGCUCCUGAUUGGUGCCAACGGUGCCGGCAAGACAACUCUUCUCCGGCUGCUGGCUGGAAAGCGUCUGGCUCCCGGAGAUGCCAUCUCCAUCUGCGGCGUCGACCCCUUCAAGGAGGGUCUCGAGGGCGUCACCUACCUUGGCCUCGAGUGGGUGCUCAACCCCAUCGUGCGCAACGACAUUGGCGUCAUGGAGUUGCUCCGGUCUGUCGGUGGCGAUGCUUACCCUGAGCGUCGUGACGAGCUGGUUGAGAUGCUUGACAUCGACAUCAACUGGCGUAUGCAUGCAGUGUCCGAUGGUGAACGCCGCAGAGUCCAGCUGGCCAUGGGUCUCCUGCGUCCCUGGACGGUUCUCUUCCUUGAUGAGAUCACCGUUGACCUUGACGUCUUGAGCCGCUAUUCGUUCCUUUCCUGGCUGAAGCGCGAGACGGAAACCCGCGAGUGCACCAUUGUCUAUGCUACCCACAUCCUGGACAACUUGGCCGGUUGGCCCACCCAUCUCGUCCACAUGCACGUCGGUACCGUUAAGGAGUGGGACACCGCCGACAAUAUGCUGCAGUCUCUCGACUCGACCGUUGGUCCUACAGGCAACAGUCGCCUCGGAGAGUUGGUCAUGGGUUGGCUGAGGGAUGAUCUUAAGCAGAGAGGCCCAAGAAGCCAGGCAAACAUUGGCCCCGAAGGCAAGACGUAUGGCUUUGGCGGCAUCAAGAUUGGCGGAUAUGGUGAUGAGUCGAAGCAAAGAGAAAACUAA